AUGUCCUCAUCUCCCUCCACCUCCGAUGCAUUAAUCUCCAGUCUAGAAAUCACAUCUUACCGCUCACCCUGUACUGUUUUCUCACAGAAUAACUUAAGAGGGAAAUCUCGUUCCGCCAAUCAUUUUCGAACAAACAAAAAACCCACAAACUCUAUUACUUCCCAUAAAAGAAUCCCUAAAACCGACAACACCACAAACUAUAUUCCAAAAACGCCUAGAAGGCGAUCUCCUGUCUUGAGAGCUUCACAUUCCCCGAACCUCCAUCAAUCAAAUCCCCUGGACUCACUCCACCCAUUCCUCACCCACUUUCUUCGGUUCGGUCCUGACAAGGUAAUCCAAAAACGCAUCCGUGCAAUCCCUUCCCCACCGUGUCUACAUCGCAACUCCUCCCCAUUCCUACCGAACGAAUACUCCAAGCACCCCUUCGCCUCGCUCCCUCGGCUCCCUCCGCUGCUCUCCUUCCCCUGGAACGACCAAAUCACCGGCAGAAACGUCGCUCGGAUCACAAACGGCUCCUCCACCUUCUCCCGCUCGCCCUUCUCCAGUUUCUCCAGUUUCUCCAGUUUCUCCAGUUUCCCCGGUUGGCGGAGCAAAGCCAUGGGCCCAUUGGGUCCGGUGGGCGCGGACUGCACGGUCUGCAAUCCUUGGGAUCCCACGGCCUGA